AUGUACAAGCUGCACAGUCCUAAGGUCUGGUGCUCCCCCCAGGAUACGACUGAGAGUUCCUUUAAAGAGUUUCCUGGGACUCUUUUUCAUCUAAAAGAAUCGCCCCAGGCCACUGCCCUCCAGGCUGAAUUGAUGUCCACCUACAGGCGGGCGACGCUGGAUGAGGAAGAUCUGGUAGACUCGAUCGGGGAAGGAGAAGUUUACCCUAAUGGAAUCCAGGUAAAUUUCCGUGGCUCUGGGAACAGCAGGAGUUGCUGGACAGAACGCACUCACAUUGAGAAGCGUCUCUUGGUCCUGAUCGUGGUUCUGGCACUCAGCCUCUUGGCCUGUGUCUUAGCCCUGGGAUUCCAGUACAGAGAUAGGCCAUCCAAGUCAUGUCUGACGGAAGCCUGCAUCUCCGUGACCAGCUCCAUCCUGAGCUCUCUGGACCAGUCAGUGAGCCCCUGCGAGGAUUUCUUCAAAUAUGCCUGUGGUGGGUGGAUGAAGGGAAACCCCAUGCCCGAUGGCCACUCACGCUGGGGCACCUUCAACAACCUCUGGGAGCACAACCAGGCCAUCAUGAAGCACCUUCUAGAAAAUACCACAUCAAACAUGUCCAGCGAGGCCGAGCGCAAGGCCCAGCGCUAUUACCAGUCCUGCAUGAAUGAGACCAAGAUCGAGGAACUGAAGGCCAAACCACUGAUGGAGCUGAUUGAGAAGCUCGGUGGCUGGAAUAUCACGGGCCCCUGGGACAAAGAUAACUUUAACAAGACCCUGCAGGAGGUCAUGGCAUACUACCACACCUCACCCUUCUUUUCUGUCUACGUGAACGCUGACUCCAAGAACUCCAACAGCAACGUCAUCCAGGUAGACCAGUCAGGACUCGGGUUACCUUCCAGAGAUUACUACCUGAACAAAACGGAGAAUGAGAAGGUACUUACUGGGUACCUGAAUUACAUGGUGCAGCUGGGCAUGCUCCUGGGAGGGGCAGAUGAGGAGGCCACCCGGCAGCAGAUGCAGCAGAUCUUGGACUUUGAGACGGCGCUAGCCAACAUCACCAUCCCUCAGGAGAAGCGCAGGGAUGAGGAAGUGAUUUACCACAAAGUGACAGCCGGAGAGCUCAAGAACCUGGCACCAGCUAUCAAUUGGAUGCCCUUCCUCACCACUCUGUUCUACCCGGUGGAACUCAAUGAAUCCGAGCCAGUGGUUGUCUAUGCCAAAGAGUACUUGGAGCAAGUCUCCAGCCUCAUCCAAGCCACGGACAGAUGCCUCCUGAACAACUAUAUGAUCUGGAAUCUGGUGAGGAAAACCAGCUCCUUCCUGGACCAGCGCUUCCAGGAUGCAGAGGAGAAAUUAAUGGAAGUCAUGUAUGGAACCAAGAAGACCUGUCUGCCGCGCUGGAAGUUCUGCGUCAGCGACACCGACAACAGCCUGGGCUUUGCGCUGGGAGCCAUGUUUGUUAAAGCCACUUUUGCAGAGGACAGCAAGAAAAUAGCCGAGGAAAUGAUUGCAGAGAUUAAAACUGCCUUUGAGGAAAGCCUGGCCACUCUGCAGUGGAUGGAUGAAGAGACGAGGAAAUCUGCCAAGGAGAAGGCAGAUGCAAUCUAUGACAUGAUCGGUUACCCCAAGUUUAUCCUGGAUCCCAAGGAGCUGGACAAGGUGUUUCAUGAUUAUGAAGCUGUCUCCAGUCUCUACUUCGAGAACGUCAUGCAAUUUUAUAACUUCUCUGCCCGAGUGGCCGCUGACCAACUCCGGAAACCUCCAAAUCGGGACCAGUGGAGUAUGACCCCUCCAACAGUGAACGCCUACUAUUCCCCCACCAAGAACGAGAUUGUGUUCCCAGCCGGGAUCCUGCAGGCUCCUUUUUACACCCGCACCUCCCCCAAGGCACUGAACUUUGGCGGCAUUGGUGUCGUCGUGGGCCACGAGCUGACUCAUGCCUUUGAUGACCAAGGGCGGGAGUAUGAUAAAGAUGGGAAUCUGCGCCCUUGGUGGAAGAACUCCUCUGUGGAGUCCUUCAAGCAGCAGACUGAGUGCAUGGUGGAACAAUACAGCAACUACACCGUGAACGGCGAGGCAGUGAAUGGCAAACACACUCUGGGAGAGAAUAUUGCUGACAACGGGGGCCUCAAAGCUGCAUAUCGGGCUUAUCAAAAUUGGGUGAAGAAGAAUGGGAAUGAGGAGUCUUUGCCGACGCUUGGCCUCUCCAACAACCAACUCUUCUUUGUGGGAUUCGCCCAGGUCUGGUGUUCAGUUCGCACCCCGGAGAGCUCCCACGAAGGACUCAUCACUGACCCCCACAGUCCAUCGCGUUUCCGAGUCAUUGGUACCAUCUCCAAUUCCAAAGAGUUCUCUGAGCACUUCCACUGUCCUUCCGGCUCCCCUAUGAACCCCCAGAAGAAGUGUGAAGUUUGGUGA